ACAAAAAGAUGGCCGCCCUGUUACGGUCAUACUGUCGUAUAAGAACAGGGAUAGCACGCGUGCUGUGUUUAGUUAGUACCAAGGACAGACACCCUUGCUUUUUAGUACCAGUGGGAAGUCACAUAUCAUCCAAACCAGUACAAACCAUUGAUACCAGAAAUUGGCAAGUUAUAUAUGGUCGACAGCAUGAAAACUUUUCCCUUCAACAUGUAAGGCAUUCAGAUUCUACAUCCCCAGAGAUAUGGACCAAGAGUUUAAUCUUCACAUUGAGACAGGUUCUCCAUCACAAGCCAAGAAAUGUUUCCUACGAGAAUGUGCUGGCCAUAGUGAUGGACCUAAAAAACAAAGUUAAAGAGGGGAAAAUGUCAUUUAAACUAUCUGCAGAGCUUGGGAGAGAACUACUGGACAUAAUUGUCGGCAACAAGCAUAUGUCCACUGUACAGAAGAGCAAUCUGACAAGUCUACUGUGGAAGAUAAUCAACUCAUUAUGUGAUUUUGAGUGUGAUGAAUCACUUUAUACAUCCUAUGUGAUGGCAUGUUCAGAAAGUAACAUCCAGAUCAGUAUUCCUGAAAUACGACAAAAGAUGGCAGACUCCGGUUUACAGUCAAAUGUGGAUUUUCUUCAGGCUGCACUUUCUUAUCAUUGCUCCGUCGGAGAAGUGGACGAGGGAUGUCAAAUUCUUGAGCAGAUGAAGGAUGCAGGCAUGACAGUAAACAGUCACUGUUUUAAGUGUUUGGUAACAGCAUAUGCAAAGACAGGGCUUGUGUCUGCUGACGACAUGCUAGAUAUUAUGAGGAAACACAACAUCAAGCAGGACCUUGAUACUUAUGGUGCUAUGCUUCAAUUUCAUGCCACGCUUGGAGACAUGGAUGCUAUCGAAAAGACAUUGCAAAAGUUUGAAGAUGAGGAUUUUGCUGAAAUGGAUGACAAAAUCAUGGUUCAGUUACAUAUAUUUUUACCUCUGCUGCAAAACAGAUUCCAGGAAGAAGCCAAUAAGGCUAUUGGCAGUUUUUGCAUUCCAGCAAAGCCGUCACUUGAAGUAAAUCAAGCUGUCGACAAGUGUGCCCAUAGUCUGCUCUUGAAUGGGUAUCUCGAAGAAGCAUUUCAGUUGUACUGUAAGCCCUCUAGGAGAGGCCGUAAAUUCUUACAUGAUUUCCUCCACAGUGAAGAGGCAAAGAAAGCAGAUAGCAUUGUCAGAGGUGUGAAAUUGUCAGUAAAAUUACUUCAAGAAUCUCGAAUUGAUUUGGAGAAGUUGUUUAAAGAUUCAUCAUUAUCUUCAAUAGCAUUUUUGAUGGCAUUGAUGAAAGAACUGAAGGAGUUAAAAUAUGUUAAAAACUCCUCCCAGUUGAAACAGACUCUUUCCAAUGUUCGUCAUUGCAAUUGGAAAACUUUGGUAUUGACGCUUGCUGAUUUGAAUUUACCUACACUGGAAGCUAGGGCUAGCGAGGAACUAGCACGACAUGUAAAAGAUCCACAUUAUGGAACACAUUCAGAUUGUGUGAAAAGAAUAUUGGAGAAGACCUUAUAUCAGGAUGAAGCAGCAGCACUUGACAUGUAUAGAAAACUAAUAGAAAAAGAACACGGUCAAGACCCAAGACAGUCUGUUAUUGAGUCAUCAGCGGCCUCCUAUAUACAGGAUAUGUACCUAAAACUUGGCAGAUACAGAGAGUGCCAACAAUACCUCAAAGUAAUGAUUGAAUUCAACCCAGCUUAUGCAGGUCAUCUGACGAAAGUGUUGUCUUGUGCCUCUGUGAUGCUGAAGAACGGCCAUAAGGAUGGAGUGAUGGAGACGAUUGAUUACUUCCUGAAACACAUGAACAGGACAUCUGGUACACUAUAUGUCCCUGGGGUGCUACCAGAGAUCUUAAUCCAGCUAAUCCCACCAGAUCAAGCAUUUUCCUGUUUGAAAAAGAUUAAUGUACAUAAAUUGGAACACAAUAGGGGCAUGAAUGCAAAACUGAUGAGAUUAUACAUGGAGGGAAAUGAUGCUGAUCUGUUGGCUGAGGCAUACAUUGCCUUUCUGAAGACCUCCAAAAUGCCAGCCACCAUAGUUAAAACUAAUGUGAUGUGUCAGCUGAUGGAAGAUGGCAGAGAAGACCUAGUUCAAGAAGUGUUAAGGGAGAUGACAGUACUGAUGGGACUGCCGAUAACAAUGUUUUACUACAUAGUCUCCUUAUUACUCAAUAAGAGAAUUGCUGCUGCUAAAGAAUUUCACAAGAAAAAUCCAACAUAUUUGAAAACUGUUCUGUCUGGCACUGAUGAAAUGAUGCCGAGGGUACUUUUGUAUUUACUUAAUAAGCCAGAGGUGAUUGAUGCCCUCCUAGAUUUGGUGGUGGAGUCUAAAGAUGCAGAUGCUGUGAUGCACUUUAAAAACAAGCUCUGUACAGCAUUGCAGAACCCCAGUAUCAAAACAAAACCUCAGAUAGUGCGAACGUUGCUUCAAUUCUCUUCACAAAACCCAAACACAAGUCUUGGGAAGUGUAUGGAAUCCGUUAUAGUCAAAUUACCGUAUUUGAGGAUGUUGAUGAAAUCAAAACUGUGAUAAAAGUAUGAAUGGUACAAAGGCUGUCUUUGUAUGUGUGGAUGUGGUAACUAGUUGAUAUGAUAACAGUAUGUUCUGUCUUUGUAUGUGUGUAUGUUGUAACUGGUAUAUGUAUGAUAUCAACAUUUUGCUUUCUACACAAACAAUGUACCUAUUAAACGUGUCGCAAUGUUUCAAGACCGACCGGUCCAUUUGUCAAGCAAGAAUAGCUUGACAAAGGGACGAGCUGGUCGUGAAACAUUGCGACACGUUUAGCAUGACAAAGGGACGAGUCAGUCUUGAAACAUUACGAUAUGUUUAGCUUCACAAAGGGACGAGCUGGUCUUGAAACUUUGCGCCACGUUUAGCUUGACAAAGGGACAAGUAGGUCUUGAAACAUUGCGCCACGUUUAGCUUGACAAAGGGACGAGUCGGUCUUGAAACAUUGCGAUACGUUUAAUAUGUACAUUGGUUGCAUUGUGUAGAAAGAAAAACUUUGAUUUUUCAUAUUUCCAAACUGAUGAAUCUUAUUGAUGAUAGUAUAUGUACGAAAAAAGUAUGAGUUGUAUAAAGGAUGGUUUUGUAUGUGUAUGUUAUAACUAUGCUAGUAGAUAUGAUGAAAUGUCUCAUAGUCUUGGUUUGAUAAAGUGUUUUUUACAUAAUAAUCAUGUCUUCCUUUAGGAACAAGACUGGUCAACAGCUGCAAUUGUUAAAAUUCUUUCCCGUUCCGUCACAUCCAGAAAUUGAGAUAGCAAACACAUGCUAUUAUGUUUCAUUGAACAUUGUUGAAAAUUGUAUGUGAUUUAUGACAUCCAUAUAGGCAAACAACUUGGCCUAGAUUCUGACUUGCUCUUCUAUUUCUGGAGACGAUUCAGAUAUAACAUCAAAUUAUUAAAUUUAAAAA